CGAACUUUCUGCUUCGAUAGACGUCGACACUUACGCGUGCACGGACAAUGGCAGACGAUAUCGUGAAGGCUUUCGCGGCCAUUGGGCUGAGCGAUGCUGUUGUGAAGGAGACCGUGAAGAACACCAAGCUCAGCAGCGCUUUGACCGGCAUUAUCGCUGAAGCUGGAGUAACCGACGGAUGUGAUAAGGCUAUCGGAAGCCUGCUCUACGCUCUGGCUACUGCAGACAAAUCUGGCAGCCUGCCCAACCGAGAAUAUGUCAGCUUGGCCAUCAAAGACGGCAGGCUCAAGACAGUGCGUCAGGUAGAAGCCGCUAUCGCUUACAUGAAGCAAAACGCCGGUAGCUUUAAUGAGCAUGUCUUUAACAAAGAUUGCGGUGUCGGCGUGGAAGUUACUACGGAGGAGGUCAAGACUCUUGUUGCCGCAUACAUUCAGGAGAAUAAGGAGGUGAUUGAAUCGGAGCGGUAUCAGAGGCUGUCUGCCACCAUGGUGGCUUUGAGAGCCAAUCCUGAUCUUAAGUGGGCCGAUGCUACUGUACUGAAGAAAGAAAUCGAUCUUCAGUUCGGGCAGCUUUUGGGGCCCAAAGAUGAGCGCGAUGCUCCUAAGAAGGUGAAGAAGCCUGCGGCCAGCAAGGAGGCCAAGACGUCCACCACUAAUACUGCAAAGACUGCGGCAUCCGCUGAGCAUUCAGGAAACAUGUUCGAAGAAGGCUUCCUUGCUCGCUUGUACAAGCCAGGUGAGAACCCGCAAAUCAAGCCUGAGUUACGGGAGCAGCACUUGCGCGCCACGGGAGGGAAGGUCGUGACGCGAUUUCCUCCUGAGCCUAACGGCUAUCUUCACAUCGGUCACAGCAAAGCUAUUGCGGUGAACUUCGGAUAUGCGAAAUAUCAUAAUGGUAUCUGUUAUCUUCGUUACGAUGACACCAAUCCGGAAGCCGAGGAAGAACAAUAUUUUGUUUCCAUCAAGGAGAUGGUUAACUGGCUUGGUUUCAAGCCUUACAAGAUCACUUAUUCCAGCGACUACUUCCAGGAGCUAUAUGACCUUGCUGAGGAGUUGAUUAAGCGCGACAAGGCUUAUGUGUGCCAUUGUACAGCGGAGGAGAUGUAUGCCGCUCGUGGUGGUGACGAGCGUGGCCCUCGUUACGCUUGCAAACACCGCAACCGACCUAUCGACGACAGCUUGGCCGAGUUCCGGGGAAUGAACGAUGGUAAGUACCAGCCGAAUCAGGCUAUCCUUCGCAUGAAGCAAGAUCUUGAAGACGGAAACCCCCAGAUGUGGGAUAUGGUUGCUUAUCGAGUGCUCGAUGCUCCUCACCACCGUACUGGUGACAAAUGGAAGAUUUACCCUACGUAUGACUUCACUCACUGUCUGGUUGAUUCUUUCGAGAACAUAUCUCACUCGCUUUGUACGACCGAGUUCAUUACCGCUAGGCAAUCCUAUGAAUGGUUGUGUGAUGCGCUUGAGGUUUACAAGCCCAAGCAGAGUGAAUAUGGGCGCUUGAAUAUUACCGGCACUGUUCUCAGCAAGCGUAAGAUCGCAAAACUGGUUACGGAGAAACAUGUUCGCGGCUGGGAUGAUCCUCGUCUGUACACGCUUGUUGCUAUCAAGCGACGUGGCAUUCCGCCUGGUGCUAUCCUGAACUUUGUUAAUGAGCUUGGCGUUACCACAUCAACGACCAACAUUCAGACGGCCCGAUUCGAAAACUCUAUUCGCCGUUACCUCGAAGAUCAUACGCCGCGACUGAUGGUGCUUUUGGACCCUGUGCCAGUCAUCAUUGACAAUCUCCCUGAUGACUAUGUUGAAGAAUGUACAGUACCAUACAAGCCGAAUGACCCAACUAUGGGCGAGCGCAAGGUUCCUUUUGCCAAGCGGGUGUACAUUGACCGUAGCGAUUUCCGCACGGAAGACUCCAAGGACUAUUUCCGACUAGCGCCGGGCAAAUCUGUGGGACUUUUCCGAGUUCCGUAUCCCAUCAAAGCUACUAGCUUCAAAACGGAUCCCGCUACGGGUCUUGUUACGGAGAUUCACGCCCAUUAUGAGAACGAUGCUGAAUUCAAGAAACCCAAAACGUACAUUCAGUGGGUUGGAGACGCACCUUCUCACAAAUCACCUGUCAUACUGGAUGAGGUCCGCCUCUUCACACCUCUGUUCAAGUCCGAAAACCCGUCCGCGCAUCCUGACGGCUUCUUAGCCGACAUUGAUCCCAACAGCGAACAGAUCGUUAAGAACGCUAUGGUCGAAGUCGGGAUCACGGAUAUGCAGAAGCGUGGGACGAAGGAUGCCGGUGAGCAGGACGAGCAAAAGCGUCUCGACGGUCCUGAGGCCAUCCGCUUCCAGGCCAUGCGUGUUGGAUAUUUCUGCAUGGAUUCGGAUUCAUCGGAGGGACGUGUUGUGUUGAAUCGCAUUGUGUCGUUGAAGGAAGAUGUGGGAAAGCGCGCUUAGUCUGUAGUUUAAUUGAAUAACAUAGACCUAUAAGGCUGGCUUCGGUACCUUUCUGAUAGAGUGGAGAAACACCCUGGGUGUCCGUCCAGCUCAUGAUCAGUCAAAAUGACAUACCUAAGUAAUACCAAUUCCCACCGGUCACCGAGCCCCUGCACAUGCGACCGCUA